ACAAUGAGUCAAGUUCAAUGGUUGUUGGUUUUGGUUGCGAUGACAAUGGUGGUGGCGACAAAGGUGGCUUCACAUGAUUAUGGGGACGCGUUGUCGAAGAGUAUCUUGUUCUUUGAAGGCCAGAGAUCAGGGAAAUUACCCCCUAAUCAAAGAAUGACUUGGAGGAAGGAUUCAGCUCUUCGUGAUGGUUUUGACAUUGGUGUUGAUUUGGUAGGUGGAUACUAUGAUGCUGGUGACAAUGUCAAAUUCAACUUUCCAAUGGCAUUCUCAACAACAAUUUUGGCAUGGAGUGUAUUAGAGUUUGGAAAUUUCAUGGGCUCGGACCUUUCAAAUGCUUUGGAUGCUAUUAAAUGGGCCACAGACUAUUUUCUCAAGGCCACAAGCAUCCCUGGCUUUGUGUAUGCCCAAGUUGGUGACCCAUAUGCUGACCACAAUUGUUGGGAGAGACCUGAAGACAUGGACACACCUAGAACCUCCUAUGCUGUGAGCAAACAAUUCCCUGGCUCUGAAGUUUCAGCUGAAAUUGCCGCAGCACUUGCAGCCUCUUCCUUGGUGUUUAGAGCCAUUGAUCUUGAAUAUUCUGCAAGGCUUCUUAGUAGGGCUAGAACGGUUUUCAAAUUUGCGAAUCAGUACCAGGGAUCUUAUAAUGAUGGUAUUGGCCGAUGGGUGUGCCCGUUUUAUUGUGAUUUCAGUGGCUAUCAGGAUGAAUUGCUAUGGGGAGCUGCAUGGUUAUAUCGAGCAAGUAAAGAUUCUAAUUACUGGAAUUAUGUUGUAGAGAAUAUACACAAUUUGGAAAACACUGUUGUCAAAAAUAUAAAUGGUUUUUCGUAUAGUGGUGGAAGUUAUGCUGAAUUUGGUUGGGACACAAAGCACGCCGGAAUUAGCAUACUUGUUUCCAAUUUGGUGAUGAAUAGCAACCCAAAUUUUAGUCCCUUCAUUCCUAAUGCGGACAAGUUUGUGUGUACUGUGUUACCUGAAUCACCAACAGUUUCAGUCCAAUAUUCUCCAGGUGGGCUUUUAUUCAAACCGGGGGGAAGUAACUUGCAACAUCCGACAGCUUUGUCCUUUCUUCUUGUUGUUUAUGCUCGCUAUUUGAGUCAAGGAAAUAGAGUGAUUCAUUGUGGUGUAGUUGUUGCCACUCCGGCUAGGCUUAUACAAGUUGCCAGAGGACAGGUGGAUUAUAUACUAGGAAGUAACCCAUUGAACAUGUCAUACAUGGUGGGAUAUGGAAACAAGUUUCCUCAGAGGAUACACCAUCGUGGAUCGUCCUUACCUUCAAUUAAUCAACAACCAGGGCCCAUUGAUUGUAAAGGUGGAACCCCAUAUUUUAGCAGCAACAACCCUAAUCCAAACUUGCUUAUAGGGGCUGUUGUUGGAGGACCUGAUAUCAAAGACUCAUACAAUGAUUCUCGAGCAGAUUUUGUGCAAUCAGAGCCAACCACGUACAUAAAUGCACCUCUUGUGGGGCUAUUGGCUUACUUCAAAACACAUUGA